AUGGCAGCAACCCAAGUCACCGGAAAAUGGACCAAGAUCCUGGACGCAGAGAUUCUUCAACGGUCAUCCCAGGUACUCGCUGUGGUUGACAACGUGGCCCACGUUUUCGGAGGAGAGCUUCGACCCCGCGAACCCCGCGAUAACGACGUCCAUACCAUCGCCCUGGACAGCACAAACUCAAUAUCAACCAUCGCCAAACCGUCAACAUCGCAGGUCCCCGCCCCGCGCGUGGGAUCCGCGUCCACCACCCUCGACAAGAAGAUCUACCUCUUCUCCGGCCGCGGCGGGCUCGCCAUGUCCCCCAUCGACGAAGCCGGGGCAGUCUGGGAAUUUACCCCCCAGACCUCAUCCUGGAGACUCAUCACGCCCACCUCGGAAAUCCACCCUCCACCACGCAGCUACCACUGCAUGACGAGCGACGGCAUCGACACGCUCUACCUGCACGCAGGCUGCCCGGAAACCGGCCGUCUCUCCGACCUCUGGGCCUUCCGUCUCUCUACCAGGGAAUGGACUCCGCUGGCGGCUGCCCCAGACCCUCCGCGCGGGGGUACCUCGAUUGCGUUUGCGGACGGGGCACUGUACCGGAUGAAUGGAUUCGAUGGGAAGAUGGAGCAAGGCGGGAGUGUGGACGUGUAUUCUCCUGGUGAGAACGUGUGGUCGUCUUAUGGGUUUGUGGCGGAUGGGGUUAGUGGGCCUGAGGCGCGGAGUGUCAGCGCGCUGCUUCCUGUUCGGACUGGGGAGAAGGUCGCGCUGGUGACGCUUUUCGGGGAGAGGGAUCCCAGCGCGUUGGGCCACCAGGGGGCAGGGAAGAUGCUGGAUGAUGUGUGGGUGUUUGAUGUGCAGGAGCGGUCUUGGAGGAGGGUAGAUGCGCAAGGCGAGGCGCCAUGUGCUCGUGGGUGGUUUGCUGCUGAUGUGCUCGGUGAGAAUGCGAUUGUUGUGCAGGGAGGGUUGGAUGAGUCGAAUAGGAGGUUAGGAGAUGUUUGGAUUCUCUCGUUCUAG